GCGUAGGGUCCUUCAAAUUCAGAUGAAAGGGCGUCCGUUCCCUUCGAAGUGCACUUCAUGGUGUUCAUAACCCCUGGUCGAAAUGGAGACCCAAGAUCAUGCUUACACGAAUACUACAUACGACAAAGUUAACCGCGUGGAGCUUAUUUAUAAAUUGAGUCCACAGGAAACUGAAGACUUUGUAAAGCUGAGGGUGUCAAAUAAUUAUCUCUUCUCCGGGAAGAAAAAUACAUCCAUGUGGGCAUGGAGGGCCAUAAUCAGACACAUGGGCUUUCAAGAUAGGAUGAACCACCGGCAAGCCUCCAAAAAAUGGGAAAACCUGCGGAAAAAAUACAAGGUGCUCAAAGACCAGGACUAUCGUGACAAAUGGCCUCCCUUUAACCUGAUGGAUGACGCCAUGGAGGGCAGGCUGGAAGGCAGUGCCCCCAUUCUGGUAAUCUCCCCUCAGGAUAAAGGCUAUUACUCAUCUGUCCCCAAAGCCAAGAAGAGAAGGAUAACCACUGAGACGGUCUCUCCAGUUAAAGUGCAGACCGAAGGUGUAGAAAUCGAGGUGACACUGAAUGGAGAUGGCCACGAUGGCGACUCCUCGAUGGAGGAGGAUGGCAUGGGAGGUAGCACGGAAUUCAACGGCAACCAUCAAGAUGAGGACGUGGGAAGGCGGUACGUGGCGCAGGAGCAACUGGCCCUGCAGCGAGACCGAGCCUUGAUGGAGCGCGAGACCGCCGUCCUGGAGCGGGACCGAGUCUUGCUGGAGCGUGAGAGGCUGCUGAUCGAGAGGGAAACAGCAGUGCUGGCGCGGGAGAACGAGAUGUUGGCGUGGGACAAGAAGCGGCGGAAGGCGGCGCUGGGGGAAACAACCCCAGCGUCCUCCUGUGGGACGACAAAGGACGAUGGCUCUCAGGACCGCAGGGAGCGCUUCCUGCAGUUGUUCGAAAAACUCAUUGACAGCAUUUGAGAGGAUUGUCUAUUUUUUAUGUCUAUUUUUCUAGAGAGACAUACUUUUCUAAAUCUGCUUAAGUCAUAUCAGUUCAGUCAUUAAAUUAUUCAUUGUCAUAUAUUCAAUAAUAAAAACAACUUUGAGCCACUCCACUUUUUCCCGCAGAGGUCAAAACA